UAUUGUGUGACGACAGGCGCGUAACUUGAUGACGAAGAACACAAGUGACCCGACGACGGGAAGAUGGCGGAGUACCUAGCGUCCAUUUUUGGUACAGAGAAAGACAAGGUCAACUGCUCCUUCUACUUUAAGAUUGGAGCUUGUCGACAUGGAGACCGCUGCUCCAGACUCCAUAAUAAACCAACUUUCAGCCAGACCAUCUUGAUCCAAAACAUCUACCGUAACCCUCAAAACAGUGCUCAGACAGCCGACGCCUCUCGCUGUGCCGUGAGCGAUGUGGAAAUGCAGGAGCAUUAUGAUGAGUUUUUCGAGGAAGUCUUCACGGAAAUGGAGGAGAAGUACGGCGAGGUGGAGGAGAUGAACGUGUGUGAUAAUCUGGGCGAUCACCUCGUCGGCAAUGUUUAUGUGAAGUUCCGGCGUGAGGAGGAUGCCGAGAAAGCUGUGAUGGACCUGAACAACCGCUGGUUCAACAGCCAGCCCAUCCAUGCUGAGCUCUCCCCGGUUACUGACUUCAGAGAAGCCUGCUGCAGGCAGUAUGAAAUGGGGGAGUGCACUCGAGGUGGCUUCUGUAACUUCAUGCACCUAAAGCCGAUCUCUCGCGAGCUGAGGAGGGAACUGUAUGGACGCCGUAGGAAAAGUCUAUGCGUAUCCUCUAGGCACCGCUCUCGUUCUCGGUCUCGUGAACGUCGCUCUCGCUCGCGGGACCGCGGCCGUCGCGACCGGGAGAGGAGGAGAUCAAGGGAUCGUGAACGCUCCGGAAGGUUUUGAGUCAUCAUGUGAACCCUUUUUGGUUUUUACCCUUCGGUGUAGUGCUCUCCCCUCCCCAAACGACCAACAUUUGCUUGGAACAUUGGACUUUGUUCUGUACCUUACUUUUACCCAAUUUUUUUCCUCUUUGUUUUUUUUAAGAUCACACGAAUAUGACAGCUCAGUUUCUCAAUAAAAAUACAUUGUUAUUAAUUC